CUCAUUUUGCACACGCUUUACUUUCGCUUUCCUAUUCUGUAGUUUCCCUGUACACCCUAAAUGUUCUUGUAGUAUACUACCGUAGGUGAAUCCAGGAAGUCAGACGCCAGCAUGUCUUGUAUUUGUCAUAAGUUGUACUGUGUCUUGUUUUUGAAAUGAUCAUCAUCAGCGACGAAUGGGCGGGAUGAGGAGUACAGUACACCAAAUCCAGCAUUCAGAGUGUUGAUGAUGGAAUGAACUAUAUAACCAAAUUGUGAAAAUCAAGGUUCAAUUGCUUAUCGCCAUGGACGACCCAAACCAAGCUGGUGGAGGUGAGAUGUUCCCAGAUGCCGGUGGUUCCGGAAAUGAAACCAAACGGACAACCGUGCAAGAUGAAGUUGUGAGCAGCACUGAUAUGGAUCAGUACAGAGUGCUCCAACUGCAGCGGCAUGCCGUCAGUAUGUUGUCUUUCAUGCAUGGUCUGCGGGAACGUGCCGAAUUAUGUGACGUUACACUUUCAGUGAAGGGUAAAUGUUUCCCUGCACAUCGCAUUGUAUUGGCUGCAUGCAGUCCAUAUUUUAAUGCAAUGUUCACAAGCGAGGUGCGAGAAAAGGGAGAGACGGUUAUAGUUUUGCAGGAUUUGGAACCGAAUGCCGUCGAGGCCAUCAUCAACUUCGCAUACACGGCUGAUGUACACGUAAGUGAAGACAAUGUACAAGCAUUACUCAAAGCAAGUAGCCUUCUUCAGCUUCAAACUGUGCAAACUGCAUGCUGUGAAUUUCUAGAGUCGCAGCUUGACCCCUCAAACUGUCUGGGCAUACGUAAGUUUGCUGAACUACAUGGAUGCUUUGAUUUGCAGACAGCUGCCGAUACAUACACUCAACAGCAUUUCUCCAAAGUAGCCCAAAACGAAGAAUUCCUGCAACUUUCCUGCGAUGACUUGAUUGGUUUGAUUCACCGGGACACGUUGAACGUGAAAAGCGAAGAAGAAGUAUAUAGCGCUGUUGUAUUGUGGAUCAAACACGAACAUGAGAGCAGACUUGAGGAAUUGCCGACUAUUCUAGAGCAUGUUCGUCUCCCGCUUGUCACGUGGGAAUUUCUGACGACUAAGGUUGCCGAUGACAACUUAGUUACUGGUAGUAAAAUAUGCAUGAAAUAUUACAAUGAAGCAAAGCGUUUUCUUGCGUCUUCAUUUCAUCCACAGCUGCAAGGUGAACUGAAUGUGAGGUCUUUACCACGUGAUUCAUUCUGUCAAGCCAAAUAUAUUUAUGCUGCAGGUGGUGAAACAGCUCCAGGGCGGUGCACUAUAAGCAGCGUUGAGAGGUACAACCCUCUGAUUGACCGCUGGACCUCGGUCACCCCUAUGAGAAGCAUUCGCCGUGGUGUCGGUUUAGCCACACUACAAAAUGUACUCUAUGCUGUUGGCGGUUCCGAUGGCUUGAAUGCGCUCAACUGUGUUGAGUGUUUUGAUCCACAGACUGACUGUUGGAGAAUGGUUGCCCCACUCCUUGCCCACCGUAGUAGUGUAGCGGUCGUGACCUUUCAGAAUCAUCUAUAUGCGUUCGGCGGUUACGAUGGGAUGACCAGCGUGCAAACAGCAGAGAGUUAUAAUCCAAGUGUAAAUGAAUGGACACUACUACCGGAUAUGAAUACACCACGAAGUAUGGCAGGUGUGGUAUCCCUAGGCAACCACAUUUAUGUCAUUGGUGGUUAUGAUGGCGCUAAUGACCUCAUCACGGUGGAAAAAUACAACCCUGUGAGCAAAGAAUGGAGUAGUGUAUCACCUAUGUUGACGUGUAGAUCCAUGCUUGGGGCAGCGGUGUUGAACAACAAGAUAUACGUAGCGGGUGGCUGUGAACGAGCAUUAUGCCUUGCAAGUGUUGAAGUGUAUGACCCGACAUCAGACACCUGGAGCUUAGCAUGUCCAAUGAAUCGGCCCAGAAACGGUGUGGGCGUGGCAGCUGUGGGUAAUCGUUUAUAUGCCCUGGGUGGCUACGAUGGUAUGGACUAUCUUAACACGGUGGAAGUGUACAAUGUGGUGAAGGAUCAGUGGACUGAAGUGGCUAGUAUGGAAACUUGCAGAAGAAGAUUUGGAUGUUGCAGCUAAAUCACCGCAUGGUAGUGGUUGUGUCGCCGCCAUUACGUCCUAGUCUGUUGUGGGAAUUAUUAGAAAAUGAAGUGAUUUAAAACUUACUAAAUUGAACUAAUCGAUUCUUAUAUAGUGCCCAAAAACGAUUUCAUCUGCAUUAGGUUUCACUGCAGUGGAUUUCCCUUGAAAAUGACUUUAUACCAAAUUUUCAAGCUCUAGCAGAUUUGAAAAGUUGUUAUAAUGUAUACUGUACAUUUCAUGCUUAAUGGUUUUGCUAAAUACUGUUGUAAUGGACUAUUAUGAAUUCCAGUUUUUAGUGAAAAAAUUGUAAUUUUGUAAUCUGGACACUAACCACUUGAAGAAUAGUUUUGCUAAAUACUGUUGUAAUGGACUAUUAUGAAUUCCAGUCUUUAGUGAAAAAUUUGUAAUUUUGUA